AUGGAGAAGGAAAAGACGCACGAGGUUGUCCGAGUCAUCGAGGCUCCUGUCUCGGAAGUGUGGGCAAUCAUCUCCGCGUUCGGAUCGGAGAGACUCUGGUUCCCCGGCGUAGUCAAGUCAAGCCUGGACGGGUUCGGUAUCGGAGCCGUCCGUACUCUUACAUUCGAUAACGGCACCGUCGUCCAUGAGCGUCUGGAGGUGGCGGACCCCGAAACACAUACCAUUCGCUAUCUCAUCCUAGACGGCGUCCCGAACACAACGAACCCCAGAGGAACGCUACGACUUACUGGAAUUGAAGGGGACAAGACGGAAUUCAGUUGGACCGGGGCUUCAGACUGGACGGACCCGAGCUUUAAGCCCGUCUUGGCGGGCAUUUUGGACGAGAUGUUCAAGGGAUGCAUGGAUGCUGUUGCGCAGAAGUUGAAGUAA